AUGAAAUGUACAUUCGAAGAUAAGAGAAAAAAACGAGCAUGUGAUUAUUAUAAAUUCCUCAAAACUGUGGUUAGCAUUUACAUUAAAGUUAGAGUGAAUACACCUCUACGUGGUGGUUGGGACAAGUAG